AUUAUUUAAUUAACUAUGGCACUUUUACCUAAUCCAAAGCUUUUAUUUCUCCUCUUCUUCUUGAUCCUCUCUAUCUUUCUUGCUUGUCAAUGUGAUGAAGAAGAGAAAAAUCCCUACUUAUUUGAGUCACACAGAUUCAAAUGUCUAUUGAAAUCAAAACAUGGUAAAAUUCGAGUCCUUGAAAAAUUCACUGAAAGAUCUGAACUUCUUCGAGGAAUAGACAAGUACAGAAUUGGAGUACUUGAACUUGAACCUCAGUCUUUCAUGCUUCCGCAUCAUUGUGAUGCUGAAGUCAUACUUCUUAUUGUUAGAGGGAGAGGAACUAUAAGUAUAGCUGAACAAGAUGAGAAGAACUCCUUCAACUUGGAGUAUGGAGAUGUAAUCAGGGUUUCUGCGGGUUCAACAUUCUACUUCAUCAACAGAGAUAACAAAGAAAGAGUCUUUGCUUAUGGGCUAGUAAACACCGUUAAUAUUCCUGGCCAAUUUCAGGAAUACUUUAGUGCUGGAGGUGAAAAUCCAGAAUCCAUCUACAGAGCAUUCAGCAGUGAUAUCCUGGAAACUGCUUUCAAUACCCCAAGGGACAGGUUAGAGAGGCUCUUUGGACAACAAAAACAGGGGAUAGUAAUCAAAGCCAGUGAAGAGCAAAUUAGAGCAAUAAGCGAACACGCUUCACGCUCCACUAAGCAAACUAAAGGUGAAACGCAAGGCCCCUUCAAUCUGUUGAAGGAACGCCCGCAGUUCAGUAGCAGAUUUGGACAGUUUAUUGAAGCAUCUCCUGAGAGAUUCGAGCAGUUGAGGGACUUGGAUACUGCUGCUGCCUUCAUGAACAUCAACCAAGGUGGGAUGAUACUACCAUUCUACAACACAAGGUCUACAAGGGUGGCAAUGGUUGUAGAAGGAACCGGUCGUUUUGAAAUGGCAUGUCCUCAUCUUGGUAGACAAAGCCAGAGGCAAAGAGAAGGCCAAGGGUCUCGUGGCGGAAGAAGAGAGCGCGAUCAAGAAGAACAAGAGGAAGGAAAUGUCCACUACCAAAAAGUGCGCGGUAAUCUAAACGUUGGUGAUAUUUUGGUAGUCCCAGCAGGCCAUCCUGUUACCAUAAUAGCCACCGGAGGCUCGAAUCUAAGGAUAGUUGGUUUUGGAAUCAAUGCUCACAACAACAGAAAGAACUUCCUUGCAGGACAACAAAGCAUAUGGAAAAAUGUGGAGAGGGAAGCAAAGGAACUGUCAUUCAACCUGCCUGGAAGGGAAGUUGAACAAAUAUUACAGAAGCAAGACCAGUCCUACUUUGUGGCAGGACCAGAACAUCGCCAGCAACACGGAGAGAGGGGUGAAGAAGGAAGAAGGGGAGAACAACAGUUUCUCUCUUCGAUUUUGGACUUUGUUGUCUAAGUUGUACCAUAUGCACUAAGGCAUGCACUAGGAAUAUAAUGAUGCUGUGUGCAAAGUGAGAGAGCUUUGUGAGUAAAUAAGAAAAGGCUCCUAGAGUACUAUGAUGCAACUCUAGUUAAAAUAAAAUGUAUGUAGGUCUACUAAGCUACCGUUUUAAGCGUUUUUGGCCUUUACUUGUAAUGUCUUAUCUUGUACUCGUGUGCAAUGUAACUGUUGCAUCAUAAAGAAAACUCUCGUCUUUUAACC